AAAAAACCCAGUCAUUAAGAUAUAAACUCACAUCUGAUGAGAAAAGAUCAUUAGAAAGUGAGCUCUUUGAAGAUUUAAAGUACCUAAUGAACAUUGAUAAUAUAAAUGUCGUUGAUGAAGUUUUAGUAACGUUUUUUGAAAAAUGGAAAAAUUCAAAUUCUACGACUAAUAUGGAUACGACAAAUAUGCUCGAAUCUUGGCAUAAGCAUUUAAAGUAUGACAAUUUUGAAGGCAAAGUAAAUAGACGCAUCGAUGUUUUAAUUUAUGAACUAUAUAUCGUAAUGGACGGUGAUACUUGGCAACAACGGUGCUUUGCUGACGUUCGAGCAGGGCGUAUGAUGCCUGCAGAAAGGGAAGUUCACAGAAGGCAAAUAAAGGCGCAAGAGUUACCACAGCAGCUAGUCCCUACUUCUGAAGAACUUAUUCAUAAUAUUCAUGAAAUGACGCAGAACCUUAAUGAUCUUGAUAUCAAUUCUUUACAGGUUGUUCGCAAUCAAUUGUUCAGAGUUCUUGAGGAUGUUUGCAGGCUGGACAAAAGUUUUCAGGAAGGUGACUGGGUAAAUGAUCAAAAUAUUAAAUUUCUACCAAAU